UGUUUAUGUAUGAGGCAUGCUACCUACCUUAAUACACAACGUAAAAUGAGUUAAUUAUAAUCUGACACGCUGGCUUUAAUGAUGUUAACACUCUUAUAUAACAUAUAGACUACUUUGUUUGUAACACUCAAAUCAAUCGCACCUGUGGCUGAGUGAGGGGUGGAGAGACGUUUACAAUGAUGCGGGGGGAGGGAUGUCCCUGAAAACUGAUCAAACAGCAAAUUGAUCGCGCAUGAGGUCGUGGUCUCCAUGUCUAAAGUGUUAUCACAAAAACUUUUUACAUGAACGAUGUGUUUACACACUGAUUGAAGACAUUUUUGGCUACCGGUACAUUGUCUAUACUCAAUAGACCAUCCUGUCGGGAGGUGGGCUGGAAAACAGAUUUUUGGUAUCCUUCAGAAGGACGACUUGAGGAGUUGCUGCUGUCGGUAAGGUUGACAGAGGCUGGUGCACCAUGAAAACCGCCAUCAUCGAGAAUAUUGAAAUGAAACUUUUCGCCUCAUUUGGGUCAUCUUUACAUCACUGGACAAAAGAGGACACCAAACUUGUGCUGAGUCAAACAAAACCAGAAGUGCCUUGUAAGGGCAAAAAGGCUGAGGAGGCCUUGGAUAAACCGGUGGGAAAACAUGCCCCAGCAGUGAUGUAUGUGGAGGGAGAAGGUAGCCCACCAGUAAAUGAGACAGACCUGCCUGCUGAGGCCAUCGAGAUCGAAAUGGAGGUCUUGCACCCCUAUAAGGAUGACAUUAUGGGUAUUGAAUCUGGAGACCCCUCAGUUUUGUCCCCUGAUCCAGAGAAACCCUUGACACCCUGGGAUUGCAAAUCAAACAAACCCAAAUGGCGAAGGAUGGAGGUGAAGAGUAUUGGCUUGGUGGUGAAGGACGUCAUCUGCCUCCCCUAUGGAACAUAUCUUAAGCAGGAUGACCUAUACAAUGUUCCUAGUAACAAGGAGAGGGAGAUUCUUGCCUCCAUGGGGCUUGUAGCGAGAAUAACAAUUGAUUCCUCUUGGCUAAAUGAAGAGAUGGAGGGCCGCCUGGCUUCAAUUUUCAAGCACCGAUUCUGUAGGAGCCAUGCAGAAAGAUUCCUGUUUACAUAUUUAACGUGUUUUCGGGGUUCCCAUGUGCUUCUUGAUCCAAAAGUUCCAUGUCAAUCUUAUACUGCGCAGGAUGUUCUCAGGAUUUGUGAAAAUGGCUCUCUUUACAUCCUGAGUCAUCAUCAUAUUGUAACAGACACAGUGGAAGACAAGUUCUCCGACCCUUUGAAAGCCUGUUGAUUUUCACCGCUGUUUUCAUCUGUGGAACCUAAUGUAACAAAGCAGCUGAGGACUCCUGGGCUACAGCGCAUCCAUUUCUCUCUCAGGGACAAGCUACUGCUAUUUAGAAUCGCAUGAUGGGUGGGUUGCAACACAAUUAUGAGAUGUUACUUUUAAAACAAUAUGGG